AUGGCAAACGAUCAAAAGUUAUUGAAGCGUGGUUUCGAUGGUGACACCGUCACCCCUAUACGAUAUCACAGCCCGCCACGCAGACCAGAGGAACAGUUUCCACCGGAAUUGAUCCGCGACAGAGCUCGAGGGCACUUCGCUCCUACGCAUACCCCACUGGAUGCUUGUGCUGCUCAGGACGAAGCUCUGGGUAAAUCGAAAAUACUGGAGGCUGCCGAGCAAGCAGCAAAAUUGCCACGAAGAGACAGCGGUGUGAAUACCGACGCAGCACAAGAAGUGAAAGCUCGCCCGGAAGAAUCUAUGGCUGAAGUAGCUAAGCCAAAGCUGAGUUCGCCAAAACUUGUCAUCAGAGCACCACGGCCAAAAUCACCAAGCAAACAAGAGGUAGCAGUCAAGUCACCUACAUCUUCUCUCGCUAAUGGGAGAUCUUUGACAGCCACCCCAACUGUAACCGUCAGAUCAGCCACGCCACCGCAGCAAAGCAAUAUCACAGCGGCGUCAUCCAUUGCAUCAUCAAUGUCUCCCGAGCAUGGUAGCUCUGGGCGUCGCAAGUCGUCUAGAAGAGGCGCAAUUCGAGAUGAUCUGAAGAUUGACGGAACUGCCGUGCUUGCAGCACAGGCCCCUGAGUACGUGAAGCAGUACCGCGAUGCGAAGGGGAAAUGGUACGAAGUCAUCGGUGCUAUAGAAUGGCCCACCUGGGCUGUUGAUGAGAGGACGAUUGUCAAACAAGCUCAGUCUGGAAGGCGUCAGAGCGCGUAUCGGAAUCGCGACGUCUGA